GAUUACUUGAAGCACAGUACAGAGGUAUAGUCUAAUCGGAUCAAUGCUACAGAACUGAUGUCCCGGGGUUUCAGACUUUGCCUAAAACAUGGAAUUAUUCACAGCUCUGAGCUUAUUCAGUCGACAAAAGUACGAAGCCUGCGCCGCGAUAUGCACGGAAUUGUUGAGGAAAAAUCCGUUGGACCAGGCCGUGUGGGUCCUGAAAAUGCGCGCCUUAACGCUGCAAGUUUACGUGGACGACAUCGAGGGCGAGGAGGAGGGAAUCGCGGAGACCUUGUUAGACAAUUACGCGAUCUCGACGAUGCCCAGGCCCGGAACUUCCCUGAAAAAUCCUGGCACCAGUUAUACCGGUCAAGGAGUGCGGCCUAAAUCUCAAUCCGGUAGACCUGUUACCGGGGUAGUACGACCUGCCACCCAGGCAGCGAUGUCCCAAUCGAUUGAGCAGGCACUGAGAACACCGAGAACAGCAAUGACUGCCAGGCCAAUUACAGCAAGCUCGGGACGCAGCGUUAGGCUUGGCACAGCGUCGAUGCUGACGGAGCCCGGUGGACCUUUCAUCCAACUGUCGCGACUGAAUAUAACUAAAUACGCUAAUCAGCAAAGCAUAGCGAAACCAUUGUUCGAAUACAUAUAUUACCACGAACACGAUGCUAGAUACGCGCUGGACUUGGCCGUUCAGGCGACGCAGAUCUGUCAAUAUAAAGAUUGGUGGUGGAAAGUUCAGCUCGGGAAGUGUUACUACACGUUGGGACUGGUAAGAGACGCGGAGCAACAAUUCAAGUCGGCGUUGAAGGAUCACAGGAGCAUCGAGACGGUGCUGCGGCUGAUCAGGGUAUACAUCAGGCUCGAUCAGCCGGUGACCGCGCUGGACACGUGCAAGAAGGGCCUCGAAUACUUCGCGAACGACGUUACCAUUCUCACAGAGAUGGGACGCAUCUUCGAGGGCCUGAAUAACGCGGCCAUGUCCAUGAAAUAUUACAAGAUGAUCGCGCAGGAGGACGCGUCUCAUACCGAGGCGAUCGCCAGCAUAGGCAUGCAUCAUUUUUACAACGAUCAACCGGAAUUGGCUCUGCGCUAUUACAGGCGCCUCUUACAAAUGGGGGUGCACAACGCCGAGUUGUUCAACAACCUCGGGCUUUGCUGCUUCUACGCCCAGCAAUACGAUCAUACUAUAUCGUGCUUCGAGAGAGCAUUAAAUCUCGCGACCGACGAAAACGCGGCUGACGUGUGGUACAACGUUUCUCACAUUGCUAUUACACUGGGCGAUCUGAUAAUGGCCGAGGAGUGUUUAAGGCUAGCCAUCGCUAGCGACAACAGGCACGCUUUGGCGUACAACAAUCUCGGCGUGAUAGAAAUGCGCAACGGGAAUGUUACCGCGGCGAGGACGUACUUUCACGCGGCGGCUAACAUCGCCAGCUACGUGCACGAGGCGCACUUCAACAGCGCGCACUUAGCUUACGAGGUAACUGUUCCUAAUCCAUCUUUUGACGUAUACCAAUUUACAGUAUUACAGAUUUUCUCGAUGCGCACGCAGGUUGGAGACCUACAGACGAGUUACAUCGCAGUACAAAAGUCGUUGAGCACGUAUCCCGGACAUUACGACAGCAAGACUCUUUUGCGGAAACUGCAAAGAUACUUCUCGCAUACGUGAAGUAAACGACGAGAGAUCCUUAUAUUCUAUACUGUAUUAUUUUAUUGUACCAUUUAGUUUAAACGUAAUUCUAUGUACAUAAUAUACAAAAAGAUACAAAUUAUACUUUAAA